AUGGAAAAUUCAGUAGAGUAUGAAAAGGAAAAGAUUUAUGAUCGACAGUUGAGACUGUGGGGAGUUAAAGCUCAAAAUCGAAUGCUAAAAUCAAAUGUUUUGAUUGUUGGACUAAGUGGUAUAAAUAUUGAGAUAUGUAAAAAUUUAAUUUUAAGUGGAAUUAAUAUAACGAUUAUUGAUGAUAAUGUUAUAAAUGAUGAAAUGAUAGAAAGCAUUUUUUUUUUGAAUGAUGAAGAUAUAAAUAAGGAUUUAUGUUUACCAAUUUUUAAAGAACUAAAAAGUAUAAACCAGUUAAUAAAUAUUAAAGGAUAUAUUGGGCGUAUAGAUAUUUCAAACAACAGUGUGGUUAUUGACAAGGAAUUGAUAUAUAAAAAAAAUGAAGGGUCAGAUGAUGAGGUAGUAGCUACUGAAGUAAAGGAAAAAGGUUUUAGUAUAGAUGAGUACAUUUCUAAUUAUACAUGUGUGUGUAUUUCAUGCGAAGAUUAUCCAUUACAUGAAUUAAUUAAUUUAAAUGAAUUGUGCCAUAAAAAGAAUAUCGGUUUUUUUUCCCCAAUGUGCAACGGAAAAUUUGCUUUUUUAUUUUCCGAUUUUGGUAAGCAUGUUAUUGAAGAAUUAUAUUAUAAAAAAAAAGAUCAAAAUAAUAGCGAAAAAAAUAACGGACUUAAUUUGAAGGAUGAGGAAAAAAAGAAGGAAAAUGAAAGUAUUGAAAUAGAAUAUUGCAAAUUAUCCCAUUUUUUUAAUGUACCUUUUGAAAAUUUUGAUAAAAAAACAAAUAAAAUAAUUUACCAUAUGUUUGCAUUAAUACUAUUUGAAAAAUCCCAAAAACUUGGAAAAAAUGAUAAAGAAAUAAAUCAUGAAGAAUUUCAUAAUUUUUGUAAAAAAUACACAUUUCUUAAGAAUGAUUGGAUAACGGAAAUUGCAAAAAUGUAUAAAGUUUCCUUUUCCCCAUCCUGUUCAAUUAUGGGAGGUGUUACAUCCCAAGAAAUUCGGAAAUUUGUUUCAAAACAACAUGAGUCCGUACCAAAUUUUUGUGUUUUUGACAUGAACCAAAAUGUAGUAUGUGCAUCCAUGAUUUCAUGA